UGUUUUUGUUUUGGUUAAAAGUAUCGAACAGCUGAAAAAUUUUGUUUGGCAUUCUUGUUUGCACAAGCUAUUGCAGUUCAAGAGUUUUACAUGUAAAAAAUAUUACAAAAUAUGAUGGUCUUGCCAACUCCUUUACAGCCUGACUAAAGUACGAACUAAAAAUAGCAACAAAUGGUUGGUUCAAAGCAUAUUUCAAAACUAGUAGCAAAAGAAAGGAACAAUCUGUUAAGACGAUGCGCUUUAAAAAGACUUAAUUCAAUGGAAAUCGAGGACGUAGAUACAGAGGCCAGUCCUAUCAAAAUAGAGAAGGAGGAGUCAUUGGAGCUAUUUUUAGGUGUCGGCCAUGAAUUUGUGUUGGAAGAUCCCGCUGAGCCGGAACACGCAUUGAACCCAACACAUGAAUCACAACCGAAGAAUGAGGUGUUUGAGUUGACGAAGAGGGUCCAUGCUUUGGAGGAAAAGCUUGAGGAGAACACAAACAUUUUGAAGGCGAAUACAAAAGUGUUGGCAGAAAGUACUCUUCAGGUGUCGAAGCUGACAGCCUUGCUACAAGUUUUUCUAAAGGGAAAAUCAGGUGGUGCAUGCGAGGUUUCGUUCCCGAUCGCUAACGAAGAGGCUCUGGCAGCAUUAGAAUUCAAAAUAGGCCCAACCACAAAAGCUGUCUACAUUCAAGAAAUAACUCACCUACUGAAGUACAAAACUCUUCCUAAAUCAAUAAAAAGGGUCUUGGCAGAAGAAAUUAUUUGCGACUUUAACAUAGAUGGCGUGAGUGGGAAAAAGUCACUCAGAGCAUUUCCGGAAUUCUUUUCGGUUUUAAUCCAAAGCAUAGGUAUGUUGAAUGUCCAGCAGCCGCCAGAUAAGGCCUUGUCACAUGCAUUGAGCUGCGUCAAAAACAAUGCAAGCAAAAAGAAACAAAAGCAAAAAUAAAUAAAAAUGUACGUGUCAAUGGCAUUUAAAGCAAUUGCUAAGGAUUUUUAUUAGAGAAUCCAGUGGUUUUAGGGAAAUUUUUGAAGAACUCUUCGGAAUUACGAUAACAUUUCAAGUUUAAAAUUCCCGAGGCGGGAAAUAAUUAGAUAAAUCGAUGGCUACAGCCGCGAAUACAAUUCAUACAAACAACGAUUAUAUCUUAUUUAAAUUAAUUAAUUAUUUAUUAUAAUUUGUUUAUAAUUGUACGCUAAGAACUGUUAUGAAUCUACUACGUUUCAAAAUAACUUGAAUCUGCAAGAUCGGAUUUAGCACCGAAUAAAUUAAAAAUUUAUUUUGAUAAA